AGAAAACAAAACCUCGUCUGCUAGGUGGAUGAAACGGUCGAAGUACUGUACUAAACGCGUGAAUCAUCCCAAUCAUGCGAGCUGCAAAACGCUGUCGAGCGUAAAAGCCCACGGGCAGUAACGUGCACGUCAAACAUGAAGACUCAGUCGCGAUGUGGUCGCGGUAACUCACAGAGACGAAUUGUGUGUUAGAUUUCGGGGCAACAGCAAAAGUUGAACGCACUGCUCUUCAAUUGUCAUGACAAGCGGACGAUGUCCUUCAGGAGGCAUGGAAAUAAGGCCAACAAAGUCGAUUACAAAGCUCGACUUGAGCACAAAUUGUAUUUGGCCAGGAUGAGCCCAUCUCCAGUUUACGACAUCUCAGAAUGUAAUUUAGAUAGUGUACCAUCGAGUACCUACCUACUUUGUGAAGUGUUCAGAAAAGACACAUUACUAUUACAUUGCAAUAAAUUGAAAUCGCUUUCAAGUGGAGGUGCCUUAAAAAACCUAUCCCUCAUUACUAUUCUAGAUUUGCAUUCCAAUGAAUUAAACAGCUUGCCUUCAGAAAUUGUUAACCUCAUAUCACUUAAGGAGUUGUAUUUACAAGAAAAUAUGUUGCAAGAACUGCCAAAUGAAAUAGUACGUUUGAAAAAUCUUUCGAUAUUGAAUCUUUCCAAAAACAAACUCAAAUAUUUGCCAGAAGAAAUGGGAAAAUUAAAGAAUCUUACUUUUCUUGAUAUUGGUUACAAUAAAAAUUUACAAAAGUUGCCGAAAUCACUAGGGCACGCACAGAAAAUAACACAUCUAGGUAUAGAUGAGUUGAAACUUUCCUAUCCCCCUGGACAUAUACAGAGUGGUGGAACAAUUGUGAUGGUAGCUUUUUUAGCAAACGAAUGCGGGAUAGAUUAUGCACCAGAAAAGUGCAUUUCAGAAAUUGAUGCACCAAUUGAUGUAAAUUUACAGAAUGUACAGUCACUAAUGUAUAACAAUGAUAAUGAAGUUCAGGCAACACUUUUGAAGUUAGAAAGGCUAAAGGAACAACGACAAAAUGCUCUUCUAGAAGUAGAAGAAAAUAUUAAGCAACAACAAAGGCAAGAGUUGGAAAUGCAGAAUCAAUUAAAAAUUAAUAAAGAAAAGCUUCUCAGAGAUUUGGCUAAUCAACAAGUUCAGUUAGAUAAAGAAAUAGAAAAGGUUCAACACAAAAGAGAUGUUAAUCGUACUAGAUUAUUGUCAUACAUUUAUAAUGCUGAAAAAGAAGCAGAUAAUGUGAUUAGGGAAUUUUUACAUGUUAGUGAAGAAGAACGUCAAGCUCAAGGCCAACUUCUUGAAAUGGAAAAAAAAGAAGAAAUGGAUAUUCUUUCUCGAACUCAUUCAGAGCAAUCUUUACAUCGUACAAAAGACACCCUUUUGGCAAUGAAAGAUUUAUUGGAAGAUGAACUACUUAAACAGAAAAAAUUGGCAGAUUAUACAGCAUUUAGGGAUUGUAAUGCUCAAUCGUUAUUAAGCUUAGAAUUAGAAAAUAAUGAACAAUUACUAAAAGUGAUGCAAGAUCAAGAAAAAAAUAGGCAAGAUUUAGUUAUUAGAGUAAAAGAAGAUGAACAAUUGCAAAAAGCUCUUGUGGCUGCAUUGCUAGAACGUAGUGAUGCUAGAUCUUGGAGUAUAGUGCAGCAAGUAAAUUUGGUACAAUCUCAAUUAGCUGCAUUAACAACCAUAGAGUUAGAAAGAAGAAAAUAUGAAAUUAAUCAACAUAUUAACGAUGUGGCUGAUAAAAGAGUAACCCUGAGUGCUAUAUUAGUAAGUCUUUUGGAACAACAAGAAGAAAGAAGAAGACAACUUUUAGAAACAGUAAAACAUAUUGAAGAACAACGAAACAGCUUGAAUCCAUCUAGAAGAGAUAAUAUGUUUUGGUUACUUCAAUAUCAAUCUCUGAUCGAAACGCGACCUCAAGGUCUUUUGGAAACUCUAGACCCAGUUUUGGUACGUCACGUCGCUAUAGCUGGAGCAUUACAUUGCCUACCAUUUUUAUGGACUCUUCCUUCUUUACUUCCUAAUAUUGACAAUGACCAAUUAAAAGACAUAGGUGUGAAAGGUGCAAGUGAUAGAGCUGCAAUAAUGAUGGCUGUUGAAAAUUACUUAGCCGAAAGAAAAUUGAAUGCCUAUCAAUAUUGUCCUCCAUCUGCUCCAUUAGCAGAAGAACCUUCUACUAGUUCCUCGGAACAAGAAUAUACAGCAUUUGAACCAUCUGCACCAACAGAGUGUAUUGUCUGCAUGGAUUUUGAUUGUGAAGUAAUUUUCCUGCCUUGUGGACAUUUCUGCUGUUGUGCUAAAUGUACUGAAAUGCUUUCAAUGGACUGUCCAAUGUGCAGAACUUCCAUUAAGCGCAAAAUUAGAAUUACAAGGCAAUAAUAGUUUUUUCUAA